UAGUGGGAGGUGUUCUUAACAGAGUUGCUAAAAGAAUAAACGAAGAUUAUGAGGAAAGACAUAAAGCUAAAACUGUAGUACAAAUUCGUGAAUUCACCAACAAAUUGGGAAGUCUACAAUUAGAACAUCAAUCUUUAAAAAUUCAUACUGGUAUAGCUGAAGAGAUAAUGGCGCACACUGUUACACCAGAAUUCAACAAAGCUCUAGAGGUGCAACAAAAUUUGGUAGCUGGUAUAGAUGUUAACACACAAAAUGAACACAUAGAAGAGAUGAUCAAUCGACAGGUUCCACUUACUCAAGUUUUACGAUUAUUAUGUCUACAAAGUCUUGUAAAUGGUGGAUUGAAGCAAAAGAGUAUCGAAUUUUUCAAAAAAGAAAUACUACAGACAUACGGGUUCGAACACCUUCAAACGUUACUGAAUCUUGAACGUCUUAACAUGUUCUUUAAACAAUCGUCUAGUCGCAAUCCAUAUGCUUCUAUUCGUAAAACUUUGCGAUUAAUUGUGGAUGAAGUUGAAGAACAUAAUCCUCAGGAUAUAGCAUAUGUAUAUUCUGGAUAUGCUCCUUUAAGCGUACGUUUGAUACAAUGUGCUACGACCAAGAGUGGAACAUCUUCGACUGGUAAUGGAUGGAAAGGAUAUGAAGAGGUGUUGAGAAUGUUGCCAGGUAAAACUUUCGAUGAAGUACAGAGGCAAGAGGAAGGAGCCAUACGUCCUAAAAGAAUGGUACAAGGACAGCAUCCACGUGUCACACUUGUAUUUUUCUUGGGUGGAUGCACAUAUACGGAAAUCUCUGCAAUACGCUUUUUAGCACAACAAGAUGAUG